AUGAUAUUUUUAAAUUUAUGUGACCACUGUCAAAAAAAGGGCAGUAUAAUUAAAAAAGGUUUAGUUGUAAAACCUAUACAUUCAUCAGAAUUGAACUCUCGCUGUCAAGUGGAUUUAAUAGACAUGCAAGCUCAGGCUGAUGGCGAUUACAAGUUUAUAAUGGUCUAUCAAGAUCACAUUACGAAGUUCGUAAUUCUUAGACAGUUAACUCAUAAACGGGCUGAAGAAGUAGCCUACGUGUUAAUUGAUAUUUUUACAACUUUUGGAGCCCCGGAAAUUUUUCAAAGUGAUAAUGGAAGGGAAUUCGCCAAUAAAGUUAUUAUUGAGUUGUGUAGUAUGUGGGAAGAACUUAAGAUUGUCCACAGAAAGCCUAGACACUCACAAAGUCAAGGGUCUGUUGAAAGGGCCAACCAAGAUAUUCAAAAUAUUCUCGCAACAUAG